UGAUGGUAUAGAAUGUCCGUGACGUAGCUGUCAUGGCGGCCCCCAUGGAAUCUUCAAGUUCAAAUGAAAAGAAAAAACCUUUACAGGAAAAGAGGGGACCGGAUGCUCACAUAGCCGACCACAAUAUCAACUCUGCAUGCCUACGGGAGAGUAAAAUCAGCCUGGAUUGUAUAGCCCGUAAUAACUUCGCAGAUAAUGCCAGGUGUGAACCAGAGUUUCAGAACUACAGAAAUUGUAAGAAAUUUUGGACAAAGGUCCAGUGGCGACGUUUCUGGAAAGGGCAGAGACCUACGUUACCGCUUCCUGAAGAUCGAGAACAAGCCAAAAAGGACUAUGCAGAUAUCAUGGAGAAAGUGUUAGCUUCUAGUCCUCAAGCUGAAUUAAGCCCAGAGACAGGUGUUCCAUUCACGUUUAGAUAUGUCGAUCCAGACGUUAAGUGAGAUGGAAAGAUUUACAAAUGACAGAUAAAAUGUUUGCGUACACAAGUUUGAUGUCAGAUAGUUUUGAAUGUAUGGUUUGAGUCUGAAUCUGUUACAGUUAUUUAAUGGUAUUCAAUUAAAUAAUUAUCUUAAUGGUGGAUGUCUUUGUUUGUAUGUGUUUAAAUGUAGUAUGUGAGAAUUGUUGUAAGUUUAAAAAAUGAUGAUAAUUAAAAGAAAGAUUCUGAUUAUCAGAUAGUACCUGGUAAUCAAUACAAAUAAAGAGGAGGUUUUUGCUAUUUAUCGGUAUAUAUAUAAUAAUUUGUUAGAAAAAGAAAAAAAAAGAAAAAAAAAACCCAACACAGUAGAGUAAAGUACUUGCCUGGAAAAAUAAACACAGAAAGAAAAAAGAUGUUACAGAAUGUAAUAAUGAUGUAAUUGAAAAAUAGUGAAGAACUCUGUCGUAAGACAAUUUCACAAAUGUACACAUGCCCACCUAAAUCCUGAGUAAUUUUAAUCCCUGGAUUUGUUUGUACACUGUGUAUAUCAUAGUUUACCUUUGAACAACUUGAGUUCUUUCAAAGCUAAAUCAGAAAACACUGACAUUAGUGUUUGGGACUAUGUAAGUGUGACUGUUUGUGUUUUAAGAUUUUAUGUUUAUAAUUAUUAAAACGAUUCAUACCCAU